AGUAUGGAACAUAGAUGUCUGAGCAUAAAGCAGUGAAAUUUGACUCAGCGCCGAAGUAGUGUGUGAAUCCUAUUUGUUGUCGUAACUACAAUUUACGACGGGUUUAUAUUCUUGAUGAUUUACCCCGUUUUGCUAUUUUAAAUAAUUAUUAUAAGCAUAAAGGCAAAAUAAACACAUUUUGCCAGCUUCGAAAUUGUACAGUUUAUCCGUAUUUGCCAAUUUUCCCAGCACCCAGUGGAACCAGGUCGAAAAAAUUGUAGUAAUCUCGUGACAAGGAAAAAAUGUAUAUUCAGUGUAUAUUUGUUUAUUAGGGUUCUUGGUAUAAUACUCCUAUAACUGAUACAAUCAUUUUUAUUCUUGAUUGUUUUCGAAAAAAAAGUUUUGUUGUAAGUGGCAAAUUGAUGAAGAGAAAAUUGCAACAAAAUAGGAUUUAUGUAUUUUCAAUACCCGUUCUUUGGACAUAACAUUUCAUUCAAUUGCACAAAGCUUUAUUUUAUCGAUCCGCUUUGAAAAUCGGUUUACGAGAACGAAAUGAAACGAAAAAUCACAUUCAACCGCGUCGUCUACGUAGAGUAGUGGAUGGUGUAAGUGUGUAAGUGAGGCUGUGUCGAUUUAUGUGCGUAUGUGCGGUUUUCUAAAGUGGAUGUCAUUUUUCCUCUAGCACUUUUGCAAUUUUUCAGCCAGUUCAUUUGCACGUUGCUUGUUUAAUAAAAAAAUUGUUACAUUUGAGAUAAUUUCAAUUAUAAUGGAGAAAGAUGAAUGAAUAUAUAGUUGGUGUUAGUGUAAAUGGGAAAGUUGAGCUAUUCUAAUUGCAUACAACACUAAUUUUUGUAUAGCUAUUUCGAUUUUCAAAACUAUUUGUCAAUUGAAAAAACUAAGAUAUAACUUUGCUUCGGUAAAAUUCAACAUAAAUUGUUUGAUAACAUUUAGAUUCUUGCUCUUACUUAUCCUACAGAAUAUAAACAAAGUGUCGAACAGUAGGUUGAGAUAAAUAAAAAUGUGCGAAAAUGGGUGGUGUAUUAAAAGUUAUGUGUGAAUCCUAGAGAAUAAACAAUUGGUCGUUUCGUUUGGACACAUCGCUGACAAACGAGACUUUUCUCCAAGAUCUCUACACUCAUGCAGUGGAGGAAGUUUACAAGACUGAAAACAGCUACUGGAAAUUCGCGUACGCGAAGAAUGCUUUGCUGUGGCAGAAGAAAAGAAAAUGGAAGAUCAGUUCCUGAUCUCACUGCAAGCCCUGGGCGAGCACCAUCUGCGCCUAUGCCAACCAAUCAGAAUGCAGCAAUUAAUCAGAGGCAAAUAAGUGUGAAGGAGCCUGUUCUAUUGCAAGGUGAUUUUCGCAAGGUUUCUGGCAUUAGUUCAGAAAUUUUUCGCCAAAUCGAAGCCGUCGAAAAUGAUCACGACUCAAGCACGGCUGCAGCGCUUGAGGCGGUUGAACGACGUGGAGAAAUGAUUGUUAGAGUGUUAGAAGCCAGAUGCAUUGGUGGUCGGCAAGCGGUGGAAUCUGCGCAAAAAUUGCUGAGUAAAGGUGAUGCAAGACAUUCAGUUCAAUUGGUAGAAAUAGUUAAAAGACCUGGACAAACCUUGGGCUUAUAUAUACGAGAAGGAAAUGGUGCCGAUCGAUCAGAUGGCGUUUUUAUAUCUCGAAUAGCUUUAGAGUCAGCCGUAUAUAAUAGCGGAUGUCUUCGGGUUGGAGAUGAGAUUUUAGCUGUUAACUUAGUAGAUGUAACGCACAUGUCACUAGACGAUGUUGUGAUAAUAAUGUCAAUUCCAAGACGACUUGUACUUGCAAUCCGGCAGCGUCGUGGUGCACGCAGCGGCUCUCCUGGACCCACUCUGUCGAGAAAUGAACAAAAACCACCACCGGUUGUAGUGAUCAAACGGGAGCUACGCGAUGAAGAUACAGACGAACUAGAUCGAAGUACUCGUUCAAGAUCAGCGCGAGAACGUCGAACAGGCGAUGGGCGGGAAAUGACUGAGUCGAGAUCAAGACUUGGUCUCGGACUGAAUAACUAUAGCCCACAAAGUGAAAACUUAGAUUUGUAUUACAGCUCACGACAAAAUAUGAUUAAUGAACCAAACUGGAGCUAUAAGCCCCCUCCACCUCCGUCUGUUAUAACAGAACAGCCAAAAAGUCAUACAUUUGCUCCAUCUCAUGCAUACUAUCAAAAUGCUGGCACAUUGGAAAGUCUAGCGGAAAAAGUGCAUGCAUUCUAUCCAGGUCCAAAUCGCCGAAUGUCAACUGGCACUGGAAUGGGCAGCAGUCAAUCGCACAUACGAUUUCCACGCAGUGGCUCAGAUCAACAUCUACCUCGAGUUGAUUAUUCAGACUUCUCAUCACUUAACAGACACUCAUUGCUGCGAUCUAGUUUGAAAGCCGGCAUGAAUCCACCGGGUGGAACCCUCGGUAGAUACGGACGAUACGAAACUCAACCAUCUACAAGAUCCAAAUUUGGUCCAUCUCCAACGCAAGUCGCUUUGCGACGAGCACGACCAACACUUGACUACUCAAGCGAUACCGAAGCUACAAUUCCUCCCCCACGAUCUAGCUAUUAUUAUCGUCCAACAAUGAAUAGCAUACCAAGAGGUGGAGCGGCGACAUUGGCAGCUGUGCCUGAUUUAGCAAAAUUCAAUUCACUUCCAAGAGAAAGGCCCGGAGCUCGUCUUGGUCUGCGCCCCCGCUUGACUGAACGAUUGGGAGAUGAAAGUGAUGGAAAUAUAUCAGCUCCAGAACUUCCUGCACAGGUUCGAGAUUUACGCAAUCGAAUGGUGGCUCCAAGCCCGUCAAUAUUUACAUCGGACGAAUAUAGAGCAUGGCUCCGACGUGCACCAAGUAGUUCGGCAAUAUAUGAACAAAUGCGAACAUCGCGUGAUAUUCUCAAUCAACAGAGGGCACAUCGAUUCUCUUGCAGUGCAGAGAAUAUUCACGAUGCACUAAAAAACACCGAAAGUAUUUAUAGCAGUCGAACAGGUGGUAUAACGAAUACAUUGGAUCGUCAUAUUGGCGGAUCACGUCCAAUAACUGCUGCUCCGAUACGUUCGCUAUCCACACAACAUAUCGGGAGUGGACUCCCAUUACGUUCACCAAGCAUUCGUAGGAUGAGGCAAUUGCUUGAAUUAAGUGGCACUCCCGCAAGUCCGGGUAGUGUAAUUAGUGGUCAUCAAAGUCCAGCUCCAACACCAACACGCUCACAUCGUCAAAUUGAUAUCAAUCCGGCAGAGUUUUCAAAAUACAAGUUAGAAAAACCAGUAUUGGAUAUUGGUGGAGUUUCUGGGAUGAUUUGGAUUCAUUUAUUGGCUGGUCGCGGUUUGCGUAUGACCCCUGAAGGUUCUCAAAUGACACCACAAAAUACAAUUAGAGAUUUAUAUUGUGUGUUGGAAUGUGAUCGAGUUCACAAAGCAAGAACGGUUGUCCGGUCGGGAGACUUACAAUCCGUAUUCGAUUGGGACGAAUCAUUUGAAUUGGACUUAGUGUCAAAUAAACAACUGGAUGUUUUAGUCUAUUCAUGGGAUCCACAACAUAGGCAUAAACUAUGCUAUCGAGGGGCUGUUUCAUUGUCAACCUUACUCAGGCAAUCGCCACUUCAUCAGCUAGCAUUAAAGGUAUUGGAUUAAUUUAUAUGUUAGAGAUCUACCAUGAGGUUGCCCUAUAGGGUGCAAUGAAAUUUCCCGCGUACAGCGCCCGAGUACUCCGUAAAUGAAUCAAUGUGAAAAACGACAAUCACCAAUAUAUGUUCACAAACAUCAAAUUGUUUAUGCAAUUUUUCGUGCGCUUAUGCAUAAUUUAUUAGUAGCGCCAAAAGGGUACAGGGUACAACGCUACAACCCUACGACCCUAAAAUAACUUUAGAUUUCGCGUUUUUCAGAGUUCGAAAAUCGAAAAAAACUGAUUUUUAUUGGAUCCCGAUACUUUUCUUACACGACAUGGUCGUAUGGAAAAGUAAUUUUUUUUAUACAACUGUUUAUCGAAUCUAUGGGCGAGAUUGAGAUUUGUAUGUUUUUUUCGGAUUUAUAUUUUUAAAAAGUCGAGUAUGUUUUUCAGUGAUUUUGUUUAAAGAAAAAGAGAGCAUCAAUUGUAUUGAUUUGCGUUGGUAUUGGUUGUCUCCACUGAGUCAGUGCCAUCGUGUUAUGAAUAUUUGCUGUUAUGCGCGUGCGAAAGAUAUUCUCUCACUCUCUCCGAUGCGUUGCGAUUUCGCAAUGUUUGUUUGUUGUCGCAUUUCUUCCGUGUUAUUUUCCAUGCGCUAUUGUUUCAGUGAUAUUGUCAUUUCACUCUUAUACAUUGAUUUGUAUGCUGUGCGCUCAUGCUUAUGCUACAAUAAGCGGAGCUCGAUUACGUCCUCUCUCUAAUGCUGACAUUUAUGGACUCCUGAAUCAGGGUUGGCAUGUAAAAAACUCAAGCAUGUAAUUUACAUUUCGUUUACGUAAAUUACAUGAUGUAAAUUACAUGAAAAUUUCGGAAUUCUCUACGUAAAUUGUGUAAAAAAUGUAAAAAACCAAAUUGGAUUUUGGAUAUAAUAUAAAAAAGUUAGAAUUUAUUUCAGACUUUCUCGGAAAUUUUCAUUUCUAAUGCAAAAGAUUAACAUAAACAUAACUGAUGAAUCAAAAAUGAAUGAAAAUUGUGUAGUAUGUAUCGUUGUCGCAGGUUUGGUUUCAUUUCUCGUUUACAAUAUUCCAAUCGUCGAUAUCGUCGUCUUCAUAUAAUUCAUCAAUCAUCAUUCAAUCGCAGCGUAAAAUAAAUGUUGACCAGUUUCUUUGAUGUAUCAACCGAGAGCCUGUAUCUGAUGUCAUUAUGAACAUAGCCCCAAUGGGAGAAAAGCUGUUCUAGUUGCGCUGUUGAUGCAGGGAUUUUCAGAAAUUUCAUCGCAAACGAGCUGUUCAAGAAUGUAGUUUUUCACUUCGUUUUGCUGUUCUUGAUUCAAUUUUUAACUUCGAUAUACUGGAUGCAAAUAAUUUGCCGUCAUCGCAACAAUGUUUAACACUUUACUUUCCUCGCAACGAUAGUCCAAAAAACUACACAAAUCUGGACAACAAUUAAAUUUAACAUUUUUCAACGACAUCUGCACUGCAGAUUCUGCAGCUGAGAUAUCGCUUCUUUGACAGUAGUUUGUGAGUUCAGCCACCGGAUCGAGCAAUCCAAGCAAUUUUUUAAUUGAUGGGACAAAAUUUGCAUUGAACAAAAGUGCUGAAGCUUUUCCCUUCUUUUGCAUACUGUAUACAUUAUCCGUCAAAACCGAAGUAAUUGUGGCAUCAUACCGUUCUUUGGCUAUAGCGAUCGACUUUUCCACCGCCUCAAAUAAAUUCUCUCCCGUAUGAAUUCACAUGUUACAUGUAUAUGUUAUAUAAAAAUACCUAGUUUUGUUAAUUUAGCAGUUUUUUACAUCCAAGAGGUUUUUUACACGUAAAAAACGUAAUUUACAGUUUUUUACGUAAAUUACAUGCGCGACUUAAAAAUUGCGUAAAUAUGCCAACCCAGCUCCUGAUACUCUUCGUCGAAAGAACUUAAUAUUUUUAACCAUUUAUGCAAACAUACUCUACUUUUUCAACUAAAAUCAAUGUGUUGAAUUAAAGGAUUGGGAACCGCCAAUCGUACAAACGAUUAGUUCUAUUGAUUAUAAUUAUGUUUGCCUAAUAUUUAAAAUUCGAAUAAAUUAAUAAUAUUCACCAAUUUGAUAUUCGUGAAAAUCCAUAUUGGUGACUGGUGUGUUCCAUAUCAUAUCCGCUGCGGAUUUCUCGGGCGCUGUAUGUAUUUUUAGAGCUCGUCCAUGAGAUCUAUAAGAGACUCUGAUUUCAAGAAGUGUGUUCAUUUUUUAUAUGAUUUUAUUUAUAUAUCUCGCUUAAGUUUUCAAAAAAUAUAACUUGCCAAUUAAUGCAUUACAAUAAUAAUCGCGAAUUUUCCAAAAAAUUAAGUGGGAAUUGGAUGUUUAUAUAAUAUGACACUUCUUCAUCACUUUAUUAGUGAGAUGUAAAACGAUUUAACAAAAUCAAUGCGCAAAAUGUGAGAAAAAACAUUCAGUUUGCUAGAAAAAUGCUAAAAAGUCAUCUUUGUACUUUUUUUCCGAGUAUAUUUGAAUACUAGCCGACACGGUAAGUUUUUUAACAGGGGCACAAAAUCAGCUCCCAGGAGAAUAGCUUAACGUUACAUGAAUUUUUAUUAAAA